AUGGUCGGCGAAAUGGAUGCGGGCAUGGUCGUAGGAUACUUCAGGGGCAAGAACAUCCUCAUCACCGGUUCCACUGGAUUCUUAGGAAAAGUGCUUGUGGAGAAGAUACUGAGGGUUCAACCUGAUGUGAAGAAGAUCUUUCUCUUGGUUCGCGCCUCUGACGUCGAAUCUGCAAAGCUUCGGAUUCAGAUGGAGGUAACAGGGAGGGAGAUAUUUCAAGUGCUGAAAGAAGAACAUGGCAUGGAGUUCGAUGAUUUCAUCGAAGAAAAGAUCUGUCCUUUGGCAGGAGACAUCAUGUAUGAGAACUUUGGACUAGACACUGGCAACCUGAGAGAAUUGUACAAGGAUCUAGACAUCAUCGUGAACGGAGCUGCCACUACAAAUUUUUCUGAAAGGUAUGACGUGGCGUUCGAUGCUAAUGUCUUGGGAGCGAAGCACGUGUGUGCAUUCGCAAACAAGUGUGCUAAACUAAAGAUGCUGCUUCAUGUUUCAACUGCCUACGUAGCUGGUGAACAAGAGGGAAUAAUACUAGAGAAACCAUUCUUAUUGGGCGACACUCUAAGGGAGGGAACAAAUUUGGACAUCGAAUCCGAGCUAAAUCUGAUCAAAGAGACCAGAAGAGAGCUGAAGGCUAACUGUUCUUCAGAGAAGGCUGAGCGGAGAACCAUGAAGGAACUUGGUCUCAAGAGAGCUCGGCAGUUUGGGUGGCCAAACACUUAUGUCUUCACCAAGGCAAUGGGAGAGAUGCUGCUGGGGCACCUUCGAGGUGACCUUCCGGUGGUCAUUCUCCGGCCGAGCAUCAUAACCAGCAUCCUCAAGGAGCCAUUGCCUGGAUGGAUGGAAGGAAUCAGGACAAUCGACGCGGUGGUCAUCGGCUACGCCAAGCAGACCCUGUCAUUCUUCCUAGUCGACCUUGAUUUGAUAAUGGACGUGAUUCCAGGGGACAUGGUGGUGAACGCUAUGAUGGUGGCCAUGGCGGCGCACUCGGAGGAACAAUCGCAGACCAUCUACCACGUGGCAUCGUCGGUGCGCAACCCGGCGCCCUACGCCAUCCUCGCUGACUCGGGCCACCGGUACUUCUUCGACAAUCCGCCGCGCACGGGGAGGAACGGCCAGCCCGCCCGGCUCAACAAGAUGCGCUUCUUCAGCACGGUCGCGCGGCUGAGCCUCUACAUGACCAUCAAGUACAGGCUUCCCCUCGAGAUGCUUCGCUUGGUGAACAUUGCACUGUGUGGUGUCUUCUCGCGGCGUUACAACGAGCUCAGCAGAAAAUACAGAUUCGUCAUGCAGCUCAUCGAGCUCUACGCGCCAUACAGCUUGUUCAAAGGCUGCUUUGAUGACACCAACACGGAGAGGCUAAGGAUGGCGAUGAAGAAGGAGCAAGAUAGCAAUGCAUCAGACUGCUACUUUGAUUUCGACCCCAAGUCCAUCGACUGGGACGACUAUUUCUACAGUGUUCACAUCCCCGGUGUCCUCAAGUAUAUGCGUGAUUGA